GGGAGGAAGAGGAAAAGAUGACCAUUUCCUGCUGCAGCUAGAAAAUAAAACAAACAGGAAACAAGGAGCAGAACUCCCCGAGCUCGACGAGGAGCGAGUAGAGACGGAUAGUACCCAGUAGAGUCUGACAGAACCACAGAGAGGAGAACCCGGUGGACUGAGGACAGUAGAACCCGACAGACAGAGCAUCAAGCAGUGCAAAGGACGACAGUGGAACCCAGUGGAACCCUCUGUAGGAGCAUCAGUAAUAGAACACAGUAUAAACUAGUAGUUAAAAAACCAAGACUGAAAUUCACUGUGGAGCUCAAACAACCGGCUCACUGACACACACACACACACACACACACACACACACACACACACACACACACACGCACACACACACACAUUGUGACCGAGAUGUCACAGUCUUGAGGAACAUUCCUGGAUUAACACAAAAAGGUCCCUCCCUCGCUGCCCCUCCCCCCCCAGCUCCAUCAUGCCCAUCCUCAAAACCCCCCCAGUGCGCCUGAGAGGCAGCCCGACCCUCGAGAACGCUUGGAUCCUGCGCAGGAUGAGCCUGAACAUCACGCCCCCCCACCACCGCGACGGCGGCCCCGGCGAGCACUGGUCGCCCGGCAGCUCGCUGCUGGGCGGCGACGCGCCGAGGGACCGCAACCCCUUCGAGGACGAGGAGGACGAGAACGAGGCCAACGAGGGCAAGAAGGGAGGCGGAGGUUCGGUGAGGGGGUCCUUCAAGUUCAAGUCCCCACUGAAGACUCUGGGGAAGCUGGGGAAGAACCUGAGGCUGUCGGGGAGGAGCAAAGGGAGUGAAACGCCCUCCCCACAGGGGGCGCUGCAGGGAACGCCGUCACCGGCAGAGAAGAAGAAGAGGGGCCGCAGGAGCUCUGAAGGAAGCCUGUUGAGGUUUGCAGGAAAGUACCGCGACACACUCGGCUCGCGCAAAGACUCGAUCACCAACGGCGAGCUCAACUGCUCGGAGAGCGAGUGCGACUCGACCAGCCGCCGCCUGUCCUUCAUGAAGAUGGUGGGCCUGGGCAAGACGAAGAGGGAGUCCGUGAACGACCACUCGUCACAGGGCCCCGAGGAGCAGCCGGUGCAGGAGGAGGAGGUGGAGGAGGUGAAGCCCAGAGAGCCGCUGUCUGUGCUGGAGAUCCUGCAGCUGGUGAAGAAGCGAGACUUCCUGUUGGCCGACACUCACAUCCUGGAACUGGAGCAGGAGUGCAACGAACGAGGCACCGCGCCGCAGCCGGAGGACGCCACCGCCGCCGCCGGCGGGCGGAGGAAGGCCAAAGACGUGGAGCUGCUGUACGAGGAGCUGCAGAAGGAGCUGUGGGCCGUCGUCAGGGAGUCUCUGCGCUCCCCGACGGCCGGGCCCAACCUGGGCCUGGUGGUGCAGGUGCUGCAGCAGGAGGAGCAGGCCGAUAAGGACUGGGCCCUCGGCGAGGCCCCCGGGGGCCCGAGGCCCCGCCGCCUGAAGCAGCAGUGGCGGGAGGCCGUGGAAGAGGCCGCCGACGGCUCUCUGCCUCAGAGGGCCGAGUUCACGGCCGGAGAGCUGGUCGGCUACCUGGACCGGCUCCGGGCCCGGGUGGUGGAGGACCUGGGGGCCGCCAAGAGGAACGUGGUCUCCAUCUACCCCGACGAGUACCAGCCCUUCCAGGUGUACGUGCAGAGCUACCACCAGGCAACUGCCAGCCGCCUGCAGGCCAUCACCGACCACCAGCUGGAGACCACGGACAUCUACUCCCUGCUGGACUGGCUGCACAACAUCUACAACAGGGACGUUCUGGGGACCGUGUGCAUCACGAGUCCCUUCAGCCGGUCCCAGCUGAGUCCUCUGCUCCCUUCAGAGACGGUGGACCGGCUGGAGCUGGACUGCCUGAACUCAGUCCGGGCUAAAGUGACCACGGAGCUGAGCCAGGUCCUGGACGAGGAGGAGAGGAGGUGGAUGGAGACGCUGCACAUCGAGGAGUACCAGAUCAAUCUGGCCAAGACCGUCAUACAGAGGCUGCAGGUGGAUCUGGAGCGCUCCGCCUCCAUCAACAGGAGUCUGGGCUCCCGGGUGGCUCAGUGCAGCCUCAACGGCCUCGCCGACUUCCUGUACAGUUUCCAGCGUAAAGUGGAAAUGUUCCACGAAGGGAUGCAGAGCGGCAUGUUCGGAGAACACGAGGACGGAUACGUGUCCAGAACCAUCGCCCUGGUCAACUGCUGCCCCCCUUUCAGGGGCUUCGUGCAGCGCUGUGCUCAGUGUGACCCUCUCUGUGUCUCUGAGGAUUCUCUCCAGAGAGCAAACAGAUCUCUGGAUCUCAUCGUUCAGCAAGGAAACCGAGUCCUGAGUGAACGCCUGUACCUGAGCAUCAAGCCGUCCUCUGAGCGGCUGGUAAAGAGGAAGUGGUUGAGCAACCCGGAGCCGUACGAUCAGAUGGAAGCUCUCAUCAAAGAGUACUUCAAGAAGUACCACCGGAUGGACUGCCCUCCGUACCAGCUGCUGGUGGCCGAGGUGCACCGGCGGGUGGUGAUGGAGUACCUGCGCUCCGUCAUGAGGGGGAGGAUCAUCUGCACCUCCAUGAAGAUGAGGAAGAGGAUGGCCGGCCGGCUGCGAGACGAAGGCCGGCAGAUCAAAGUGCUCUUCAAAGACCUGGAGUCUCCCUCCAGCUGGCUGGACAGCGCUCUCUCUCUCAUCUCUGAGAUCAUUCAGCUGGAGGACGUUCCUUCAAUCCAGAUGGAGGUCGGAGUUCUAGUGCGAGAGUUUCCCGACGUCAGGAAGAAGCACGUGUCGGCCAUUUUGAACAUCCGGGGGACGACGCGGCAGUCGCAGCGCCAGGAGAUCCUCAACAUCGUCAAAGACAUCGAGAGCGACGGCGCCGGCUCGGCCCGGCUGACCCGGGACCGCCUCCUCUUCUCCGAGGUGCCGGUCACCUCCGAGGUGCACUGCCUGAACCUGGGCCUGAGCCGCCUGGCCCUCAGCGCCUCUUCCUGCUUCUCCACGCUGAGGCCGGGAGGCCCGUCCAGGAGGACCAAGACCACGUCCUCUGAGGCCAGGAGGCCCGUCCAGGAGGACCAAGACCACGUCCUCUGAGGCCAGGAGGCCCGUCCAGGAGGACCAAGACCACGUCCUCUGAGGCCAGGAGGACCAAGACCACGUCCUCUGAGGCCAGGAGGCCCGUCCAGGAGGACCAAGACCACGUCCUCUGAGGCCAUGUGGCCCGUCCAGGAGGACCAAGACCAUGUCCUCUGAGGCCAGGAGGGCCAAGACCACUGAGGCCGCUUAUUGAUCGUGGUUAUGAUCUUAGAGGCGUCAAACACUUACAAUCUGUUGUUGAAACACGAAUUAUUGAUUUGAAAUCUGAAAAUUUUUUAAGAAAUUUAAAAUGCACUUUUUCUACGGAAGCUCUGGGGGGCGAGUGAGAAAGAACCAGUCUUGUGGUCUCAGUGGUCUUAAAGGGCCAGUGUGCAGGAUCUGGUGGCCUCUAGUGGUGGGGCUGCAGACUGAACACAGCUCCUCCAGCCCCUUGUGGCCAGAGUGAGUAUUACAGCAGCACAGUGUGUCCUUUAAAUCCUGUGGAGGAAGAGGCAGCAUGUCCUUCUUCUUUUUGUCCUCUCGGGGCUUCCGUACUUUUCCUUUAUGUUUGGAUGAAAAAUCAUUUCUGUAGAUUGAAACUGAAGACCUGAACCAGACCUUUAGGGCUUCAGGACUGAGAUUCAGGAUUUGUUUCUGUGUUUAUAAUAAAAUAAGUUUAGAAUCACAAGAAAAAUCAGAAAAAGGACGUUUUACAGUUUUAUUGCUGCACAUGAUUAAGUUUUAAUCAAAGGUACUACGAUGAUCUGAGAGACGUGAGGUUUAUUAUAUAUGUGGGAUAAAUAUUACUUAUUACUGGAGGUAAAAUAAUAAGACUUUUACUGCAUAAUAUUCAAGGAAACGUCGUAUUUUAAUGGUUUAUUCUGCCACUUUAACACAUUUAAUGUUUUUUAUGUUUGAACUCAUGAACAACAAAUAACAUGAUAUUUAAUCAUUUUCUUAAAAACAUCCACCAGCUUUUGUUUUAUUGAUGUGCUGAAGCAGUUAAGAGCACUGGUGCGUUCAAGGAGGCUCUGACGUUUGAGCUCUCAAUCAGCAUCAAAAACUAAGUAAAACAGUUCACGGGAACAUUUCACAUUUCCUUUUCAGUUGCAUGAAAGCAACAUUAAGAAGCUUCCUGUCAGAUAUUUCAGAAUAAAAGACUGUAGUUACUUGUGCUGACCACGGGGGGCAGCGUUCACACUUGUUUUUUUAUUUUCCAUCAGACACUCUGUUUUAUUCUUUUGUGGAUGUUUGAAAUGAAUCUUUAAAGAAUCAUCUUUGAUUAAAAUAAACCGAUCA